UCACGAAGGCUGUGGAGUUUCCUGUGAAAGAAAAAAAACCUUGUGUGUCUUAUUAUACACCCAGUUCAUGUAAGACCGAAUUGAGCUUUAAUACACAUGUAUAGUUUUAAUAUUACCUAACGCACUGGAUGCUUGUUUUCUCAACAAGAUUCGGACAUCUGGAUUUUAUACAGUCCGACUGCUGUUGGUAAAGUUUCCCUUUUCUCGCGAUGUCCCGUGUCUCGGACCCGUCGCCGAAAGCACGCCAGGAAAAAAUGAAAGACGUUAAUGUAAAGAACAAAGAGAAAGAGAGGAAGGCACGGGAGAAAGAGACAAAGGAGCGUGAGUCGCGUUACAGCAAUGGUCACCUGUUCACCUCCCUCAGUGUUUCUGCCACCACACUCUGCUCUGCAUGCAACAAGAGCAUCACCGCAAAAGAAGCCCUCAGCUGCCCCACUUGCAAUGUGACCAUCCACAACCGCUGCCGUGACACACUGGCCAAUUGCGCCAAAAUGAAACAGAAGCAACAGAAGCUGGCUCUGCUCAGGAGCACCGCGACUUUACAUAAUGUGGCCCUCCGCAGCAAAAAUCCAAUAUUGAAGGAGAGGCCGAGUUCAGCCAUUUACCCAUCAGAGACACUGAGACAGUCUUUCCUCGGUUCCCGCAAAGGACGCUCCACGCUGUCCCUCAACAAGAGCGUCUCCACCAACAACAUUGCAGGAAGUCUGAAUGAUGAUUCUCCUGUGGGACUGAGGCGGAUUCUGUCUCACUCCACAGACUCUCUGAACUUCAGGAACAGAGCCAUGUCCAUGGAAUCCCUUAAUGAUGAAGGAGAAAUGUAUUAUGCGUCAAUGAUGGAGGAGCUAGAGAAGGAUGGGAAGGAUUUUAAAGUUGAUUCCUGGAGUAUGGCUGUGGACUCUUCUUAUCUACAGUCUCAACGCAAAGAUGUCAUCAAGAGACAAGACGUCAUAUAUGAGCUGAUUCAGACGGAGCUGAACCACGUGCGUACGCUGCGGAUCAUGGAGGGGGUGUUUCGCAGAGGAAUGCUGGAAGAGGUGUUGAUGGAGAUGGGCGUAGUUCACGCCAUCUUUCCCUGCUUAGAUCAGUUGUUGUCUAUUCACUCCAGUUUCCUGAGCCAACUACUGCAGAGAAGAAACGAUAGCCUGGCACCCAGCAGCGCCCGCAACUUCACUAUCCAAAAGCUGGGAGAUAUACUGGUGGAGCAGUUCUCAGGACAGAAUGCGGAAGAGAUGAGGAAAUGCUAUGUUGAAUUCUGCAGUCGACACUUGAAAGCUGUGAAACUCUAUAAGGAGCUGUUGGCCCGUGACAAAAGGUUCCAGCAGUUCAUACGGCGGGUGAGCAGAGGUUCUUUACUGCGUCGCCAUGGUGUCCAAGAGUGCAUCUUACUCGUCACUCAACGCAUCACUAAAUACCCUGUACUUAUCAAGCGCAUACUAGACAACACUAAAGGUAAUGAAGAAGAGAGUAAAUCUCUGGCUGACUCUCUGACGCUGAUCCGGGAGCUGCUGUGUUCCGUGGAUCAGCAGGUUCAAGAGUUAGAGCGAGCACAGCGUCUGCAGGAGAUCCAGUCCCGUCUGGACCCACGCGCUGAGACGAAAGUUAAGGGUGGAGGAGUGUUUGGUGGAGGAGAGCUGCUGCGCCGUCGACUCAUUCACGAGGGAGCACUGCUCUGGAAGACUGCUCAAGGCUCCAGACUCAAAGAUGUGCAUGUUUUGUUGAUGACAGACAUCCUGGUGUUCAUGCAGGAAAAAGACCAGAAGUUUAUUUUUCCCUGUCUGGACAAACCGGCAGUGCUGUGCCUUCAGAAUUUGAUAGUGAGAGAUAUAGCCAAUCAGCAGCGAGGAAUGUUCCUCAUCAGUCACUCCACACCUCCAGAGAUGUACGAGCUCCACGCCGCCUCCAAAGAGGAUAGAAACACCUGGAUGAAAAUCAUCCAGCGGACAGUGAGCAACUGUCCAUCAAGAGAGGACUUCCCUCUGAUCGAAACUGAGGACAAAGCUUUGCUACGCCGACUCAGAGCUGAUAUCCAGCAGAAGGACCGUGAAGUUUUGGAGCUGCUACAGGAGCGUGUGACAUUGUUCUCUGAUUUGGCCGAGGCCACCGGAGGUCAGAACGUCAACGUUCCCACAAACUCCAGAAAUAUAUUCAGAGCAGAUACGCCCUACGCCCCCCAGGCGGAGAAGCUACUGAAUGACGCCAUUGUUGAGGUGGACAGACUGAGUGAAGUGCUGUUGGGUUCCAGCAUCGAGCGUCCACAGUCCUGCAGAUUGAACGGUGAAUCGACCGAGGUACAAUUCACCUCUAAAACAACAGAUAAAGGAACGAUAUCAGUUAACGGAAUCCGUGAAAUAAACAGUUCAUCCAACAAGAUUUCACAGGACAGGAAUGGGAACCAGCUGCAGGACAAGAUGCUAAACGAGGAGGUGUGCCAAAGACUUGUGAACCUCAGCACUCAGCUUCAUGCGGUACAGGCUGCAGUGAUCAAGCAGGACUCGUUCCUGGAGGUGUACAUGCAGAAGGACUUGUGUCCCGCUACAGCAGCAGAGCUGGAGGCCGGCGGUCCUCAGGGCACUCGAGGAGAUCUGGCAGAGCUACAGCGCAAGUACAACCUCCUGCAGGGAGAAUUGAUCCGACUACGGGCCGCCCAGGACAAGAAGGGAGAAAAACAACUCCAAGAGCUGCGGCUUAAAGACACGAUGGACACGUGUGACACCCUGAUCUCACAGGAAACAGCAGUUCAGGUGGAUGGCAAGCAGGAGGACAGUCCCAGAGAUCUGCAGGAUAUCCCAGAGGAGAGUGAGUGUGGGACAGAAGCUCACAGUUAACAUCAGCUCGACUACAAGAUCCUUCCUUAACCUCCUGAGAUACUCUGGAAACACACAUCAGUCAGAGAUGACUCGAGGCCUGUUCACACCACGCCAAACACAGACACAUUUCAUUUAAACAUUUACAUGCUGGCAAUGUGACUAUAUAUAUAUAUAUAUAUAAUAUAUGAAUAUAGAAUGUAAUUCUCAGCCGUUGGUGUUUCAUAAAACUGUGACUCCGUGGUGCUCAUGAACAGACUGUUUUGCUCAACGACAGAGGAUGAAUCUUUUGUCUGUCUCUAUAGUCUUGUAUUUGGUGUUGCCUGAUAAACACCAGAGCGAGGGCUAUUUGAAAACAUGUCAAUACUGUUUUAAUUUCCUUUCUCUUCUGUGAAAAACACUUUGUGUACUGGAGUAACCAGGGUAUUUCUGCUUUUUCUAUAAGGAUCUCCUUCUCUCAGAGAGCGACUUGGCAUGUUCAUUCAGACCUGCCGUUUUUUAUGCAUUAUUUUAAACAGACAAAAUGCAAAAAAUUUGACCAAAUUUUUGUUGGUGUGAACUGGCCUUUACUCUGUAGAACAAAGUUAUUGCAUUUUAUAUGAAGCAUAGUAUAGAGCAAGUAAGUCUUUUUCAGGAUUGUCAGUGUUUUUGCAAACAUUGUCUACAUUUUACAGUUGUGUUAUUUAAAAGGUUAAAGGUGUAUUUAUUUAUUUUUUAAUGAAAGGACUAAAUACUGAGUUGGAACUGAAGGAAACUUUACAGGAUAUUCUGAGCUUGUUUUAAUAUUUUGAUUGUCAAUUUUAGCUGCAUUUUUGUCCAUUGCUCUAUUAUUGGAAGGAUGUGUCAUUGGACAUGAUUUUCUUCAGCUGAAAAUAAGUGAUGAUGAUGUUAUGGUAAAGAUGAAAUGUAGCACAUUGAAUGCCCUGCUUAAAAAAGACUUUGAAUGCAGUUAUAACUACCACAGUUUACCUCUAUAAAUGGUAAUAAAUCAAUGUUAAUAUAACCAGUGAAGGUUAUCUUCUAUACUCCUAAAAAAAAGAAAAAAAAAAAAGAAUAAAAGGAAAUUUGAUAUUAAUGUUGAUAUUGAUAAUGGAAUGAAGUGGAACAUGAUUGUAAAUUCUUCUCUGGCCACUUGAAAUCACACUAAAGCUUUGUUUAAUGCCACACUGUUGAUAUUGUCCAUGUAUAAAUGUUUGGGGAAGAACAGCACCCUUUAAACAUAACUGUUAAAUCAUUGUAUUUUUAUUCAUUUUUCAUUGUACUGUGUGUUUAAAAUAUAUGGCUGUAAUUAUGUUUUGUCUUCUAUAUAAAUGCAUUGAUAACGGC